UGAAUCGAAAAUCGUGCUCCUCGUGUGUGUUCUGUUCUUUUUGCAUUGAGCACAUAUUCGAUUUUAGUUUGGCGAUAAUUUCGUCAUCCUGCAAUUUCCAAUUCUAUUUCAAUACGUGCAAAAUAUACGAAAGCCUUUCGGUAAUUGUUCGAAAUGUCGUGGCUAUUCGGUUACAAAAGUCAGGUACCGCAAAUGCCACCCGGUGGUGGUGACGGUGGACCACCCGAAGAACCUACAGCAGGUUCUGCCGGAGAAGUUGCCGGGGACAAAACGCUUACUAAAGCAGAACGUAAAGCGAUGGAAGCCUAUCGAUUCGACUCGUCUGCUUUGGAACGAGCAGCAGAAGCGGCCCGUACCCUGGAACGAUCAAAACACUCUCGUGAAGCACUUGAAUUAUCCAAAUUGCAAGAGCAAACGCGGCAACAGGAAUAUAUGGCCAAAGUAAAGGAAUAUGAGGCACACAUUGAGGGUUCUAAAGUCGAGCAAAAGCGGGUCGACCACGAAGAACGUCGUAAAACCUUGGUCGAAGAAACUAAGCAGCAGCAACAGCGGGCGCAAUAUCAAGAUCAGUUGGCUCGGAAGCGCUACGAAGAACAAUUGAGUCAACAGCAGCGUGUUCAAGAAGAGAACCUCCGGAAACAGGAGGAAAGUGUAGCUAAGCAAGAAGCAAUGAGAAGAAAAACAAUUGAACAUGAAAUGGAAUUACGCGAAAAAAAUAAAAUGAAAUUGCUGGAAGCUGAACUACGCGCUAAAGCAAAGGUUGAUCGAGAAAACCGCGAUCUUACCCUGGAGCAGAUCCGGUUGAAGGCAGAGGAGAAUCGAAUCACAGUUAUGGAAGGAAUUAAAACAGCGGGUUCUGUGUUGGGACAGGGAGCCACUGCUUUGCUCUCCGAUUGGAAUAAAGUUGCUACGACUGUAGGCGGUUUAUCGUUACUUGCUCUGGGAGUAUAUUCUGCAAAGGGUGCAACUGGCGUUACAGCUCGAUUUGUAGAAGCCAGAAUAGGGAAACCUUCUUUAGUUAAUGAGACUUCCCGGUUUUCACUCUUGGACGCGUUACGUCACCCAAUUGACACACUGAAGAGGUUCAAAGCCAAGCCUACAGAUGCCUUGCAGGGUGUGGUACUACAACCCAAGUUGGAGGAACGUUUGCGUGAUAUUGCCAUCGCCACCAAGAACACCAAACACAACAAGGGUUUAUAUCGAAAUAUCCUAAUGCAUGGACCGCCUGGAACAGGUAAAACCAUGUUUGCCAAAAAACUAGCAACACAUUCGGGAAUGGACUAUGCUAUAAUGACCGGUGGUGAUGUCGGACCGAUGGGUCGGGAUGCAGUAACGGCCAUUCAUAAAGUUUUCGAUUGGGCAAACACUAGUCGGCGUGGUUUGCUGCUGUUUAUCGAUGAAGCCGAUGCAUUCUUAAGGAAGCGAUCUUCCGAACGAAUUUCCGAGGAUAUGCGAUCUGCGUUGAAUGCUUUCCUGUACAGAACCGGAGAACAGAAUCCACGGUUCAUGCUUGUGCUUGCUUCCAAUACACCCGAACAGUUUGACUAUGCGAUCAACGACCGGCUCGACGAAAUGGUUGAAUUUACUCUGCCAGGAUUGGACGAACGAGAACGGCUGAUUCGCUUGUACUUUGACAAAUUUGUUCUGCAACCGGCGGCCGAGGGUAAAAAACGAUUCAAGGUAGAGCAAUGGGACUACAGUGCGGUAUGCAGUAAAAUGGCUCAAAUGUGCGAAGGAAUGUCCGGUCGAGAAAUUUCCAAACUGGGUGUGUCUUGGCAAGCCGCCUGUUAUGCUUCGGAGAGUGGAGUAUUGACCGAAAAAAUGGUCUUAGAUCGUUGCGAAGCUGCAGCUCGACAGCAUAGGCAAAAGAUGGCGUGGUUGUCCGAACAGGAAAAAUUGGACCACAAAUCAAUAACGGGGGGAAAAGGAUUUCUAGAGUCUUAGGAUAAGUAUACAUAUCUGUUUAGUUUAUUCUAAAGUAACAAGACGAAUAUCACGGCUAGGCUCGACGUUUUCCUUUUCCAAAUUCAAUCAGGUCGUCUAAUUAUUGGAAUGAAAGCUUUCUUAGUACUGGCAGUCGAGAUUGAUAUUGUUUUCGACUUUUACAUAAUUGGAAGCUUUAUACCAGUAAGGUGCGAGUUGAUUGGAACGAAUCAUUUCUAAAUAUGAGCAGAAACAUGGUGAAGUAAAUCCAUAUGCUUGACCAGAUUAGCUCGAUUGUUCAUCUCAGGGAAAUUUAUAUUAAACUUCUUCGAACAAAAGAGCUCAAGUAUUGUCACCGAUUAUCACUUGGAACAAAUUAUAUGCAUUUAGCAUCAUUUGCAUUAUCCAAACCAAUUGUGUUCUGCGAUAGUUAGCCAGCUUUUGAUAUUCAAUUUUUAUUGUAAUUCAACUUCGGCUAAAUGUUACUGCGAAACGUAAUUAUAU